CCGCCGCUCUGCCGCUGACUAGCAAGCUUCGCCCGACCGCUGACAGUAGUCGCUGUGCCUGCUUCUCCACUUGUUGUACCUGUAAAGGAGUACCGGUUUAGGUUGGCCUUAAAAAUCAAGAACGUCGAUAAGAAACCAACCUAAGUGGUAGAGAAUCUCACAAAUGCAAGGAACACACUGUGAAUGUUGUAAGCUUUGAAGCUUUGUUAAGUAGUGAAAUAAGGAUCAGAAUAGCAAAACAGAUGUUUGAAAAGUAGGUCACAUUGGGAUAUGACAUUUGUAGAAUAAGAUGCCCGUCAAUCAUCAACAUCUGCAACAGGGUGACUAAAUGAAGCCUCUCGAAUUAUAGAAGGUCAUCUGGCAGUAACAAAAUGUGAUCCUACUUUAAGGGCUGAAGAAAGAUAUAUAGCACAUCUAGAAAGAUUGAGAAUCUAGACCGAUGAAGACAGUGGCAAUAAAGAAAAUCAGAAUAGUGUACGACAUUUAUGUGAGGAAAUCUCUCGUUGUUACGUCCACCUCUUGGACAUUCUGUUACACUUAUAGGAAAUGGUAAUGCCACUCUAUCAUUCUCUCAGUAAUACUUAAUAUGUUUAUUUAUAAACAUAUAUCUAUAAAUAUAUAUCUAUAAAUAUAAAGAUAGAUAGAUAUAGGCACAUUGGAAUCCUGUGCAUUUAAGUUGUUAAAAGGGACUGCACUGAAUGAAAUGCAGUUCUUCAAAUUAACCAUUUACAUUGGUUUUGUGUAACAGGCCCAACAUAUCACAAGUCCUUUUGAGUCAUCAUAGCUAAUGUGUGAGUAAUAGUGUAUUAUAGGGAAAUCUGACUGCACCUCAACCCAUAUGUUUUGGUGGCUAAGAACCUGUAUGAGAUAAACAGUGUAGAAAGUGUGGCAACAUUCACACCCAAGUGGUGGUGAAUUCAGACAGUGCCAGCGAGCCUGUGAUAAAGCAGGUCAAGUGUGGUAAGAGGGGUCCCCAUAGUACCAUUGUGCUGGAGCCCUCAAAGAGGUGGCAGUGGUGGAGAAGGGAGUUACCUACGAAACAUAGUAAGACACUGUCCUUCAGGGAUCUGCUUGAGGAUAGCCCAGAGGAACCCUCAACCUGCUCAUCUGACACUGACACUAUACAACCUGUUACACCUACUAGUUGCCAGGCUCAAUUCUUCAAUGAACACCUAAAAGGCAAGGAAUAUUUGAAAAAGAAUUACCUUCUUGGUCCUUCUACGGAUACACAACAGAAUGAUUGGGCAUCGAUUGAUUUCCUAGCAGUGACUGACAAGUCUAUGAAAAAACCCAUGGACAUUAAUUGUAUGGUUUCAAAGGAAUUGCUUGCCAAAAAGUCUCAGUGUGAUUACAUAAGAAGCAAUGACAGUGGCCAUUUCAGUGUCUUAGAAAAAAUCUGUACAGAUAGUGCUCAGAACUCCAACCACAACUCACUCAACAGUACUACAUUGUAUAGAAAUUAUGGGAAAUUAGCAAAAGCUACCCCUUUUCAGUGUGUCAGUAACCUAGACUGUCUAAAAAAGGAAAGCACUACCAUUGUUUCAAGUUCAUCAUCACAAGAGGAAAGCAAUAUAUCAAGUCAUGAUACAGGUCACACAAGUGGGAAUGUAGCAUUCAGUAGUAAUGAGCAUAAUUUUCAUCAUCCUUCCCUUGAGUUGACUUGGUCAGUUCCUUACACGAAGUCAUACAACACAAAUUUAACAAGUCUGUAUAAGAGCGAAGAAGGCCUGGAGACAUCCACGUGGUCACACCCAUCGCAGCAAGUGUUAUCAGACAGCUUAGUAGCUGCAACUAUGGUGUACUAUGCCAACAUGCAAUAUUUGGCCCAUUGCGGCACUGUCCAUGGAGUGACACUGGAUGGUGGCGUCACGUACAUGGUUAGCGGCAACAGUCCUGCUCUUGAUGCAGAUGCUCAGGCCAAUUUAGCCCAUGCAACCAGAGUUUCUCCUGCAACAGUCCAGUGGCUGAUGGAUAAUUAUGAGACAGCAGAAGGUGUUAGUUUGCCACGAUCAACUUUAUACAACCACUACCUCCGCCACUGUGCAGAUCACAAAUUAGAUCCAGUUAAUGCUGCUUCCUUUGGUAAACUUAUCCGAAGUGUAUUUCUAGGACUUCGGACUCGACGCCUUGGUACAAGAGGGAAACAGCAAUAUCACUAUUAUGGAAUCCGUGUUAAGCCUACAUCUCCACUUGUGAACUUGGCGGAUGAUGGCACACCGCUGUCUCUCCGGCAACAGACUUCAGCUUCACAUAAUAAAAAAAACCAGCAGCAACAACAGCAAUCACAACAGCAACAGCAGCAGUCAAAUCCAGGUGGACAGAAUCAACAAGGAAAAAGUGUAACAUCCAGUGUCCAAAAGCAGAACUCGGACACCCAAUAUGACUCUCACACACAAGUUCCUGCUGAAGCUUCACCUCAGACCUUGCAACAGCAGGAAUACUUGGGAGAUAUCAGUCGAGCUGUGCCUAUGUUUGGAGAUGUAGACUUUGGAUCCACACCAUUACCUGCUGGAGUUACGAGGCCCCACUUACAUACUUUCACAGUGCUAUACCGAGAGCACUGUGAAACUAUUCUAGAAGCUGUAUAUAAUCUUCAGUUUCCAGCAGUUGAAAGUCUUUGGAGACGAUUUUGGUUAGUAAACAACAACAACAAUGUUUCAACUGCUGCAAAAUCAUCGUCUAGUGAGAUGUCGGAUGAUGAUGAUGGUGAUUUGGCUUCACUUUUACCAUCAUCAGUUUUGCAGGCCUUACUUCGUGCACCUCCAGUUCUUGAGUUUGUGCGCAAUUUUGAUUAUCAGUUCUACCAAAAUUUGGUGGAAGUGUUAAUCCCAGAUGUGCUGAAAUCUAUACCCUCCAGCUUAACUCAAGCCAUCAGAAAUUUUGCUAAAAGCCUAGAGUCAUGGUUAUCCAGUGCUAUGUUGGGUUGCCCUCCAGAUAUUGUGAAUAUUAAGGUAACAGCUGUAGCUUCUUUAGCCCAGACACUGCGAAGGUAUACUUCACUAAAUCACUUAGCUCAAGCUGCUAGAGCAGUCCUUCAGAAUUCCUCACAGAUUACCCAAAUGUUGGCUGACCUCAACAGAGUUGAUUUUCACAAUGUUCAAGAGCAGGCAUCUUGGGUAUGUCAAUGUGAUUCUGCAUUGGUAGAUCGCCUUGAAGAAGAUUUUAAAGCAACACUUCAACAACAGAACAGCCUAGAACAGUGGGCUGAAUGGCUGCAAGCUGUGGUGUCACAAGUACUCCGCCAACAUGAAGGGAAACCUGACUUUCCAAAACAAGCUCGACAAUUUUUGUUGAAGUGGUCCUUCUACAGUUCUAUGGUGAUUAGAGAUUUGACUUUGCGCAGUGCUGCUUCAUUUGGGUCAUUCCAUCUGAUAAGACUUCUGUACGAUGAAUAUAUGUUCUAUUUAGUAGAACACAAAGUUGCAUCCUCUCUGGGUGUCACACCAAUUGCAGUUAUUUCACAGGUAAUGGAUGGAAUGAAGAAUACUGAAUCAAGCAACUUUGUUUUCAACGGUGACAUUAAUGCCCAUCACAGGUCAGAUGACGGAGUUCUCCCAGCUUUCAAGCGGCUGAAGUAUGAAACAUGAUCAUCUUGACUUUGUGAUUGGUAUUAUAGACAAUUCUCCCCCAAAUUUAUUAGAACUGAUAUUUAUAUCAUAUUCUUUAUCUAUAUUUUUUUAUAAAUGAAUUUGAAGAAUAGUGGUAUAAAAUUGAAAUAUGAUAAAUUUUGAUUAUAUAGCAUAUAUCACAUAUAUACUUGCAUAAAAUAAAAGAAUGAAUCCAGUGUCAAGGAAAGUAACUUGCAAUAAAAAAACUAGUAUGUCUAGUCAGUAUUAAUGUGUGCUUUGCAGCAUGAAAAGGAUUCAGGAAGAUUUUUAAAAAUUCCUUAUGUAACAGUUACAUUGGAAUCACUAAAAGAAACACACUUAAGAUUCCAGUGUUUAGUAAAAGUUUAUGAAUCAUUAUUAUCCAAUUAUGUGAAAACUAAAUUGAUAUUCGAAAAGGGAUUUUUCUAGUCAUAUUGAGUAUGUUUUUUGUUGUUCAAUGUUGAUCCAGUUUGCAUUAAAGUCUCACUGAUGGUGUGAAUGCACUAGGUCCACAUAUUGUAUUGCUAGAUAUAGCUUAUGUUUUCAUAUUCCAUGUGCCAGACAAAGUAGCAAGGAGAAUUACUUACAUGGUACUCUGAAACUUUAUUACAAAAGUUUUGACAUCUGAAGAGUAGAUUCCUUAAGUGAGUUUAUAAACUAUGAUAACAGAUUCUACACUCCAGGUAAACUCUCCUGUUAGUUGUUUCAGAGAUGUUGUGCAUUUCUAUUUUUAUACAAAAGGAUCAACUGAUAAGCAUUGGGAUGGUGCUGAUGGCCAUUACUCUUAGUUCUCUCUGAACCAGAUGAGCUCUUAAGACAUAACAUGAAGCUGUAUCAUUAAGAUAAAAUAUUUUUAAAGGCUAUUCUCAUUUUCAAUGAAUAAUGAAGCAUUUUUUUUUCUACAUGAAGUGCUAAAUAAGUAAUCAGAUACUUGUGAAUUCAGAAAUUGGAAACAAAGUGCAUUUGAGAUGUGUUGUGUCUUUAUAGCUUAGAACCAAACACUCCGAGCCAAGCCACUCUUGUGAGUGGACUGGACUACAGGAAGGAUCUGGCCCACUCACCUGGUAAAAUGUGGCAUUCUUCCUGUGUAUUGUUGCUUUGCUCAAUGUCUCCAUCCAGCAUGCAGGUCUCCUGAGGGAAGUGCAUGAGGUUCUCCUCUCUGAAUCCCCUUUUAUUUCUUCUUUUUGAUAAUGAAAAGAAAAUUGAGUUCAAGAAUAACUUUACUCUUUGUGUGUACACAUGUGAGUGCAUACAUUUAUGACAAAAUUACACACUUACACAUUACAUAUACAUCCAAGGUUAUUCAUAUGUGAUAUGUAUAUAUUUGUAUAUACACACAAAUCCAUAUGUGCUCAUAUAGACAAGUGCUCACACCUAUGUGGAUCCUAACCCAUACACACCCAUAUGCACACAAACUCACAUAUUCACCAUAAGCCUCAGACCCACCAACCCGCACACUCUUUCACUCACUAAUUCACACCACACACACACACACACUCCACACACACUCCCCCCCCACACAUACACACUCCCCCACACACACACACUCCCCCCCACACACACACUCCCCCCACACACAAUCCCCCCCAUACAUACACUCCCCCCAUACACACACUCCCCCCCACACACACACACUCCCCCCCUUACA